ACACCCCUAAACCAGGCACACUUCCAGUUUUCACUGAUACUCUGUGGGUUCCCCGGCCGCCUCAGCUCCGUUGAAGCUUUUUCUGUCUCUACAAUGGCGGCGCUAGCUUCUUCACGAACCACCUUCUUCUUCUCCCCUGUUUCUCCUCAACCUAAACCAAGGCGCAUCUCUAGACUUGUUCGCAUGGCGUAUCAAGAGAACGGACCCUCUCUUGCUGUCGUCGGUGUCACUGGCGCUGUCGGCCAGGAAUUUCUCUCCGUCCUUUCCGAUCGCGGCUUUCCUUAUAGCUCAAUCAAGAUGCUGGCCUCCAAGCGCUCCGCUGGAAAGUCCGUUCACUUCCAUGGCGAAGAGCAUAUUGUUGAGGAGCUCACUGCGGAUAGCUUCGAUGGUGUCGACAUUGCUCUCUUCAGCGCUGGGGGAUCCAUCAGCAAGAAGUUUGGACCGCUCGCCGUUGAGAAGGGGACGAUUGUGGUUGAUAAUAGCUCUGCCUUUCGGAUGGAUGAGAAUGUGCCACUUGUUAUUCCGGAGGUUAAUCCCGACGCCAUGAAGGGGAUUAAGGUCGGGACCGGCAAGGGCGCUUUGAUUGCUAAUCCCAAUUGUUCUACCAUCAUUUGCUUGAUGGCGGUCACUCCUCUGCAUCGUUACGCUAAGGUGUUACGCAUGGUUGUUAGUACGUAUCAAGCAGCUAGUGGUGCUGGUGCAGCAGCCAUGGAAGAGCUUGUGCAACAAACUCGUGAGGUUCUGGAAGGAAAACCACCAACUUGUAAUAUAUUUAGGGAUCAGUAUGCUUUCAAUUUGUUCUCCCACAAUGCAUCUGUUCUUUCAAAUGGAUACAAUGAAGAGGAAAUGAAAUUAGUAAAAGAAACUCGGAAAAUUUGGAGCGAUGCAAAUGUUAAAGUUACUGCCACUUGUAUUCGAGUUCCUGUCAUGCGUGCGCAUGCUGAGAGUGUGAAUCUUCAAUUUGAGAAUCCCCUUGAUGAGGACGCAGCUAGAGAGAUUCUAAAAAAUGCUCCUGGAGUUGUCAUUAUUGACGACCGGGCUGCCAACCAAUUUCCGACACCGCUGAAGGUAUCGAACAAAGACGACGUUGCAGUUGGGAGGAUCCGACAGGAUAUUUCACUAGAUGGAAAUAAAGGGUUGGAUAUCUUCAUCUGUGGUGAUCAAAUACGAAAGGGCGCUGCGCUUAAUGCCGUUCAGAUUGCUGAGAUGUUACUGUAGUUUGUUCUAUCCAUUGCAGAUCAUCGGUACAAUUACAAAAAGUGUUUCUUAUUACUAUGAAUGAUAUCAUAAGAGGAUGUCUCUCGAGUCUUUAACUUAGAGCAUAAUUUUGCAUUUAGAUCUGUUGUUUGAAGGAAAAUUUUGGAAUUAAUGUUUGAAGUCAUUUUGGUUUGUUUGUGAAUUGUUGGUUUAAAUAGGGUAUCUGUGGGUCAUCCUGGAACAUAUAAGAUACAUAUUUUUGGUGUGAUAAA